UUUACGGCCGGUAGGGUGGGAUUUUCGUUCCCAUGGUUGUGAUGACAGAACAGAUGGUGAGGCUGCUUGUUUGGGCACCAGAGUCGGUGUCAGAGGCUUUUCUGUCCAGCUGACCUGCACAGGGCAGCUGCUCUCUGGAAGCUGCGCGCUGCUGCUUUUCACUGCUGAAGUAUCGCCUGUCGCCGUUGUUUCAAACACCAGUUGGAGUAGAAGGGGAGCGAAAAGCCGGGGUACGGGGUGCUUUGCUACAAAAUCUCUUCGUUCGGGUUCACAUAUGUAUUCGAAAACAUAGUUUGCGUCGCUCAGUCAUCUUCCUGGAGUGGCGGAUGCUGCGUGGGUCACAUACAGUAGCCUGCAGCAUUCUUUGGUACGGAGGAUUCGGCGCUUCGUAGGUCAAAACCUCAAGUUGAAGUUUGGAUCUAAUGCCUGUCCUGCCUGUCUUUUGCACACUCCGUCCUCUUGGUUAGAAAUCACCAUUCUCAACCUACAGCAGCUAGCUACAAAGGAGACUAAUGCUUAUUAACCGUACCCUUCUAUCCUCCUCCCAAACGCUGCCUCUCAUUUAAGCCUUUUGUGAGCAGGGAGAGGAGACAACAUGGCGCUCAGCUGUCAGCCUUGGCCUCCUCUAAUCUGGUUGUGCAUAGGAUUGCUUCUUUGCUUUCUGUCACCGGCACACGGCAAAGAUUGCCCUCAUUUGUGUGUUUGCGAGAUCCGCCCUUGGUUCACCCCUCAGUCAACCUACAAGGAGGCAACUACAGUGGAUUGCAAUGAUUUAAGGCUAACACACAUCCCUACCAACCUGUCAGUGGAUACCCAAGUGUUACUGCUCCAAAGCAACGCCAUAUCUCGUACCAGCGGAGAGCUGGAGGUACUGUUUAACUUGACGGAGCUAGAUUUAUCCCAAAACAACUUUAGCACUGUGGAAGCUGUCGGCCUCACAAGCAUGAACCACCUGACCACCCUGCAUCUAGAGGAGAACCAGAUCACGCAGCUGCCAGACCACUGCCUGCAAAACCUCUCCAACCUUCAGGAGCUCUACAUCAACCACAACCAGAUAAGCUCCAUCUCCCCUCGAGCAUUUGCAGGACUGCACAGUCUGCUGCGCCUCCACCUUAACUCCAACAGGCUCCAUGUCAUAGACAGCCACUGGUUUGAAGAAACACCCAAUCUUGAGAUUCUCAUGAUUGGGGAGAAUCCAGUUAUUGGCCUCCUAGACAUGAACUUCAAGCCCCUAGUAAGGCUGAGAAGUCUGGUUCUGGCUGGAAUGGAUCUCACUGAUGUUCCACCCGAUGCAUUUGUAGGUUUAGAUAAUUUGGAGAGCAUUUCUUUCUAUGACAACAAAUUGGUCAGUAUCCCCCAACUGGCCCUUCAGAAAGUUCCCAAUCUCAAAUUCUUGGAUUUAAACAAGAAUCCAGUCCAGAAAAUUCAAGAAGGAGACUUCAGAAACAUGCUACGUCUGAAGGAGCUGGGCAUCAACAACAUGAUGGAGUUAGUGUCUAUUGACCGUUAUGCUAUGGACAACCUCCCAGAACUGACUAAACUAGAGGCAACCAACAACCCGAAGCUGUCUUAUAUCCACAGGUUUGCUUUCAGGGAUAUGCCAUCCCUUGAGAGUCUGAUGCUUAAUAAUAAUGCUCUUACUGCCCUUUACAAGCAAACUGUGGAUGUGUUGCCAAAUCUGCGGGAGAUCAGUCUCCACAGCAACCCAUUGCGGUGUGAUUGUGUCAUACAGUGGAUGAGUUCCAACAGGACCACGGUGCGCUUCAUGGAGCCCUUGACUAUGCUGUGCACCUCCCCACCAGAGUUUAGAGGUCAACGGGUCAGAGAGUUCAGACUGCUGGAGUCAACGGAGCAGUGUCUUCCCCUUAUAUCCCAUGAAACCUUUCCUAGCCACUUGAAUCUAGAGCUGGGCAUGAGCGUGAGCCUGGACUGCCGGGCAAUGGCUGAACCAAAUCCAGAUAUAUACUGGGUGACUCCUCUUGGAAACAAAAUCACAAUGGACACUGUGUCAGAGCGCUAUCACUUGAGCAGCGAGGGCACCCUGCGGCUUUCUCACGUGCAGGUGCAAGAUUCUGGUCGUUACACCUGCGUGGCCCAGAACACUGAAGGGGCCGACACACGGGUCGCCACCAUCCGCAUAAAUGGAACCCUGCUCGACAGCGCUCAGGUGAUGAAGAUUUAUGUCAAGCAGACGGAGUCACACUCCAUCUUGGUGUCCUGGAAAGUCAACUCUAAUGUCAUGUCCUCGAACCUGAAGUGGGCUUCGGCCACCAUGAAGAUUGACAAUCCACACAUCACCUACACAGCCCGUGUCCCUGUAGAUGUCCACGAGUACAACCUCACGCACCUUCAACCUGCCACCGAAUACGAGGUAUGCCUCACUGUCUCCAACAUCCACCUGCAGACACACAAGUCUUGUGUUAAUGUGACAACACGUAGCGCUACCUUUGCCCUGGACCUGACAGACCAGCACCCAAGCGCAGCUGUGCUAGCUGUCAUGUCAACCAUGUUGCUCUUCCUCAGUCUGGCCACUGUGGGCAUCUACAUGGCCCGAAGAUGGAAGAGGAAAAAUUACCACCACUCCUUGAAGAAAUACAUGCUGAAGACAUCCUCCAUUCCACUUAACGAGCUCUACCCUCCACUCAUUAACUUAUGGGAGGCUGACGGUGAAAAGGACAAAGAUGGCAGCACAGAGGGAAAACCCUCUCCUGUUGACACCACACGCAGUUAUUACAUGUGGUGAGGAUUCACUGAGGAUUUAUUGUCUCCAGCAGCACAAAGAAACACUUUUGCCAUUUCGGGGCAAAAGUUGACUAAAGUUGCAAUUUCUUUUGUAUUCUCAGCUUUGCUAAUAAGAGGCAGAGUGAUCAAGUGCAGGAUUUUUAUUAGUAUAGCGUAUCGCCUUUGUUUGAUUCUUUCUAACGUUCUGGACUUUCCGAGAUGGCAGCUGUAGUUAGCCUCCAGGUCGUCUUAGUUGCUCUGCUCUGUUUCUGUGGUACAUUUUUGACUCGCUUAUUUUUGGGAAGCUUCUACAGCAGCAGGGUCGAUGAACUUCUUCCAGCAUUACUAGAAAUGUUUCUUUCUCGGUUUUGUAAAACAGUUAAUCUGUUGCGCACUGAUAGAUAAAGGAGUUUGUACGAACUUCGAAGCUGACAACGGGGUUUAGACUUGUUAAACUGUCUACUGAAUGUUAGCAAUUGUGCAGUAAUGUUGUAUCAACUAUAUCUUUGAACUUUCUAAUUUACAGCGCAAGAUAUUAGGAUUUUAGUUUGCAGAUAAAUGUGAUGUUAAAUGCUAGAAAUGCAAAUGUUUGAUAAGUACCUUUUGACUUCUUUUUCCUUAAGGUGCACUAGAAGCCUUUUGACUUUUUGUUCAUUCUUUUAUUUGGCUAGACAUUUGUUGGCUGCUUAGUUUAUUAUUUUCACAUGCAACAUGUAUACUAAACACGUUAAAAUAAAUAACAUUUUGAUUCUUUUACAGAAAUUUGGGAGUUUUCUGUGACUCUUUGGCAUUAGAAUUGCAUCUGUUCGCUUUAGACUAACAGUGUUAGUGGUUGAUGACACAUGCUGUAUUUAGGCUCUGAAUCUCAUGUCUUAAUAAAUGGUACUGUAAGCUCUCAGUUCCACAGAUAGACGUGAAUGUGUGCUGCCCUCUGGUGGAUGCUACAUAU